AUGGCUAAAGCUGACAUCAAACCAAAAUCUAUACAUCAUGCCAAAAAAUGGUCAGAUGAUGUAGAGAACUUAUACAGAUUUCAGCAAGCAGGAUACAGAGAUGAGGUUGAAUAUAAACAAGUAAAACAAGUUGAUAUGGUAGAGUGUUGGCCAGAAACUGGAUUUGUUAAGAAACUUCAGAGAAGGGAUAAUACAUUCUAUUAUUAUGAUAAAAAAAGAGAAUGCGAAGACAAAGAAGUCCAUAAAGUGAAAGUUUAUGUGUAUUAG